AUGUCAUCAUCGUCAUCAGUCGCUGUUGGGCCUCGAGGGUCACAUAAUGUGCCCAUCGAGCCUACACAAGCUCUGACUAUGGCUGCAGUGUCGCUACCACCACCACUACAGCCAUCAUCCCCCUCAUCACGACUUCUGCAGGAGAUCGAGGAAACUUGUAAACUCCUUCGCGCCUUCCGCUCGUUGAAGGAGCGCGGUGCGAGCCGCGCUGAGCUGGCAGACCUUCACACUCGUGUCAAGGCCCUCAAAGCGGCGCAGCAGUACCAGCAACAGCGUGAUGCCAGCGGAUACACGGAGGUGACUCCUCCCCUGCCAACCUCCGCUACCUCAGAUGCAGCAGCAAUGGCGCAUCCGUCGUUGGUGCGCCCCCCUGGGGUGUCUUUGUCGUCGGCGGGCGCGCACCGUCACGCAGGAAUCGCACUCCACAAGGGAGCCCCUGGGUGGACUGCAGGAUCAAGUCAUAGCUCGUAUCCGCCUCAGCAGCAGCGGCAGCGGGGGGUCGAAGAGACGCCCGCUACACAUCGCGACAGACGGCUACCUGAAGGCAGGCAUCAUCAUCACCGCCACCGCCACCAUGAUGCCCGUGUGGACCAGGCGGCAUUGUCGCCCAUCUCUACGGGCCUAUUAACUACCGUGGUACAGGCUCCAGCGGCAGUGUGCAGCGGCGCCGGUAACGCCGUCGGCAGCGGCAGCGCUGGCGAUCGCAGUGCAGUGGCACGGCACCCACGCGCGGCGUCGCCAGUGGCCGCCUCCCUCGUGCGACUCAACUCGAUGGUGUUUGCCAUCACGCUCGCGGAGGCGCACACGCGGCGUGAGAUCGCACACCGAUGGGAACGCCGGUGGCUGCGGCACUGGGGGAACUUCAAGGAAGGGCGCAUCGCCAUAGCCCUGCGUCCCCCCACUAGUGCAGUUGCUGCGCUGUCGCCCCCGCAGCUGCAGCCGGAGAGGUGGGCGGAGGCUGCCCCGAUGGCCUUACCUAGUGAACGGCAGCAGCGGCACCAGGCGGGGUUGACUGUAGCGACAGCUACGGAGGGGAACCGCAUCGUGACCACCACUGCAGCCCACCACAUUGUGGCUUCGUCUGCACCAGUGCAAGGCUGGCGCAUUGGGGAGGCGUUCACGGCUACAACGAGCCGUCUCGUGGCGGAGGACCCUCCACAGACAUCGUCGCUCUCCGCCAGUCACCGCGGCAACGACGAGGGGCACCGCGUCGCUCGCCGACAAGAGCAAACGACCCCUGAAGUGGACACCUCCGCUCUUGAAGGGGACGAGGUGGUGGGGACAACCCCUCCUCCACAGCCUCACCAACAGCCAACCGCUCCGGUAACAGCGCAAUAUUCAGAGGCAAACUCACGCGCUGCUGCUGAUGCAGCCGCUGCCGAGGAGGCGGCUGCCGCACGCGCCUUGGCGACUCAGCUGGCUGAAGCACAAGCGGCAGCGGCCGAGGCCGAGAAGACACGUCUGGGAAAAAAAGCAGCGGAGCGACUCGCUGCUGCAGUGAGGAAUGUUGAGGACGACGAAGCGGCCGCGCGCACAGGGACGGAGUGGGCUGCGGCAGAGGCGCGGGAGCGUGUGAAACUGGCUGAAGUCGCAGCGCGCCGAAGAGCUAAAAGGGCGAGGGAAGCCGUCCAGUCGCUCGUGGCCGCUGAAGCAAGGGCCCGUGCCACCCUCGAAGACGACGAGGCCCACUUGAUGGUUUCACAUGUGUCAGCAGCAGCAGCAGCAGAGGCAAAAUCUCGGCAGCGAGCGCAGGAGGCAGCCACACGAGAAGCGGCCGCCAAGAGAGAGGAAGAGGAAGAGCGGAGGGCGGCUGCGCAUCGUGCGGCCGAGGCACAACGGCAAGCUGCAGCAGACUCCGAGGCUGUGGAGCGGCGUUCUGUGGAACAACAGUGGCAAGCAGCCAUCUGUCUCUCCGAGUCGCUCCUGGCAGGCUGGAUCAAGAAUACUGUUGCAGCAGCUCCGCAGUGGACUUCCUCGAAGGGCAAACGUGUGUCCGAAUGGCCAACGUGCAAUGAGUCAGCGAUGGAGGAUGCACAAGCAAGAGAGGCAGCGGAAGCGCAGACUCGCUUGUGUGAGUGGCAGCAAGCAGCAGAGCGCUCCGUUGCCGCAUCCAGCGCAGCAGCGGAUGCUGUGCUUGAAGAAUGGGUCAGUGCAGCAGCAACGGAAGCCAUCGCACGACAAUGUCGAGCCGAGCAGGCGGCACGCACCGCGGUCGUAUGGGCCAACAACGAAGACAGCGUUGCACUGGUGGCUUCGGAAGAGGAGGCGUGGCAGCAGCUGCUGCUGCAGCACGCAGCGGAUGUUGAGGCAACGCACUUUGUAGUUCGUGCUGCCGAGGAGGAAGCUGCCGCCAGUCUGAAAGAGAUGAGGGUGGCUAAAGAAGCAGCACGCGCCAAGGCCUUCGAGGAGGCCGCACGUUUGCAGGCGCAGCAGGAGGUGACCGCUAUGGCAGAUACGCUCUUCUCCGCCGUCACUGAGCUCUCGAAAAUUAUUGUAGACGGCUGUCUAGCCGAAGCAGCAGAGCAGAUGUGGAAUAGAGCAGGCGUGGAGGAGUUGCAGGUGCAACAGCGCGAGGGGAUCAAAGACAACGAGGUGCUGGCGCGAGAUGACAUGUACGGCGACGCGCUUGAUGAACGGAGGGGACUGCGCGAAGAGGAGGCAGCCGCAGAGGUCUGCAAACGCAUUGAAGUCGAGGCUGUAUCUACCACGACGGAGCUGGCGCGCCAGCAGCAGAUGCGUGGGCAAGCGGCUGCGCCGUGCCUUUAUCUGUCAGAGCUGAGUGAAGCACUGCUGCACGAGUUCCUGCACGAUGCCGCUGCGACGGCGGUGGCUACACGUGCGGCAGCCGUCACGAACGACCGCUUUGUCGAAGCGCCACCGCCAGCUGCUUUGCCGCAAGAGGAAGAGGGCACAGCGCGCGCAGCCAUGGAAGACGAACAGGAGCAGCAGUACCACCAGCCGUCUCCCGGCGACGCUACUGAUGAGCCUGACGCUCUCACAGAAAAGGCGUACUCGAACAGCGUCGACAGCCCUGACAAGGCUACCGUAGGGACUGCAGCAGCCGCACCGGAAACCGUGGCCGUGACAGCAUCAGUGCCUCUCUCGCCGUCGUCCUCUGCGGACACGACGCGGAGUGCUGUCACGGCCACGGGUGUAUCGCAGGAACAUGCGAAGGAGAGGCCAGGGCUGCCAUCGCCCACCGCCUUUACUCGCAUCGUCGAUGACCUCCUCUCUGGUGUCCUCCGCGACGCUGCCACGGAGGCGCGGAAGGGCGGCGGAGGCGCUGGCGGCACGGUCAACAUGACAGUCACGAGCCCAACUCACGCAGCGCAGAGGACUGGGAGGCACCGUGUGGCUAUGCCCGACCAGUCAGACGCAUCCUUUGCGUCAGUUGACAGCGACGGCUCUUACGCAAGUUCAGGGCGCACCCCACCACAGGUGCUGCAGCCAAAACCGCUGGCUCUACCGCACACCGCCAUCGUCAGUGGCGCUGCCGGUGACGGUGUGCCACAAGUGCAGCCCACAGGGGGCGAACUCGGCGAUGGUACAGGGACUCAUGUAGCUGACGGAACCGUCAGCUUCGCAGCCUCCCCAGCUGAGGUCUCGAACGCUGACAAACACUCUCCGCACCGGUGCAUCGUCUCACCUCUGUUGAUGCCAUCAGUCAGCGUCGCCAUCGCAAACACCACCACCACCACGUUGACAGCUUCAGCAGUGGGAGGUAAAGGAAAAGGCCGUGUUGGGGGUGCCGCCGGCGUGACCCCCACGAUGCCGUCGUCGUCAUCGUCGCACUACUUCUCCACGGCAUCUUCGGCCGACGAUGACGACGAUGACGUAGCCUGCAGCUCCCUCACCGCCACCGGGGCGCCGCUACCGCUCACCCUGCAACACCACAACAUUUUGUCCCCGCUACUUUCUCAGCGCCACGGUGGCGGCAUCGAUGAUGAAAGCUGCGUGGCGACCACGCCUGCCGGCAGUGGUGCUGCGACUGACACUCCGACGGCUGUGGCGCUGGCUAUUCGGUCCUCGUCAUCGGAGAAGAGUAGAGAAAGACAACAGCUUCAAGGAAGCGCUGCGAUCGGCAACCGCGACGCCACCUCCGACGCAGAUGUAAGGCUGUCUGCGGGGCUAAUGAUGGACAGGAGCACCAUGGGGAUGACAGAGGACUUGUGCGCUUUUCAGCUCGACGCACCCCUACCGCCACCGCCACACGGCGUGACCGGACACUGCGCAGGAGCAAGUGUCCCCAGUGGUGGUUCACUUUCAGCAGACGCCGUGGCGGCGACGGCAACCUCUCUCGUGCAGCGCAUAGUUUGCGAGGCCGCCCUCCUCGUUGCCUCUCGGGGACGGUUGACAAAGCCAAACACCAACAGCGAUCGCGAGAUGUCUUGCGGCACCGUCAAGGUCGAUCACACAGCGGCACCGCCGUCUCUCUUCUCCAGCGCUGAGCGCCACAAGCAGAACACACUGGGAGGCAAGAGCAGCCACAAGGGAAUCAGUGCCUUCACGAGCAGCAGCGCCGCUUGCAAUAGUGGUGGGGUGUCCUCGUUUACUCGCGUCGGGGAUGACGAGGCCCAUGCGGAGGAGGAGGCCAACUUGGCUGAAAUCAGCGUGGGGCUCACGCGUGCCGACGCCCGGGAGGCCACCCUGCGUGUCGUUCGGUCAUCGUUACCGACUAUGGCGGCGGAAGGCAUCGCUGGUGCACAAGCGCCUCUCACGAGCCUGCCGACCCUCGUUUCCGCUGUGGCAGCACCGAACGACUUCGUGGCUCGGCUUCGGCAGCCAAGGACAGAGAAGGAGGCGGUGGAGCAUCAACAGAAUCGCUACCUCACAAGUCGCGAGCUGGCACUAGUCUCGGCACGCUACUUAACGUCAGAGGCGGCUGCAGCGCGUGUGAUGGACGUCGGCUCCACCGCCACCCUCUCGACUUGUGCCGUUGCGCUAGCGCUGUCAGUGGGACUCGUGCGCGCCGCCACACUGGCAAAUCGACGCGCGCGCCGCCGCGUGGAGGAGGAGGCAGGGAAGAGUGACUCGAGCAGCACUGGCACGGGGGGUGGCGGUGUGCUCGCGGGAGAGAAGGGCUCGCACAAGUUGACCCGAGGCGGUGAGGCCGCCUUAGCAGUGACAGAGAGCCCAGACACACCGCCCCCGUCGAUGGGCGGCGAUGAUGCGGAUGGUGGCACAUUCUCGACCGGAAUCAUCGGCGAGGCAGGUGGCGGCGGCGGUGACCUCGGCAUGUUCGGGCCUACCGCCUCGAGUGCUGUAGGCAAUGCUGCGCAAGCGAGAAGCAGCUGGGCAUUUCCAUCCCACUCCCCUGUUGCACCCGUGUUGCCCCUGUCUUCAGAGAGCGGAAAGGCCGAGGACACGGGCAUGAGUGACGGUACCAUGGCUCUAGGAAUCCGGUCCCCGUCAUUGCAGUCGUCACCGUCGUACAGGUUAGUCUCAAAAUUCACGGCUGUUGAUGACGUUAAAGGCGCGCUCGCGACGAGUUCAGCGCAACAGCAGACUGGAGUGCUCGAUAAGCUACCAGCGGAGUGGGCCGCCGCGCUGCGUGGUGUGGCCGAGCGGGUCGCGCGCGACUUCAUGGACUAUGCCUCCCGUCGCGUGCUGCUCGGCCAGGUUGAGGGCCAGUGGAACCAAGCCCACCUGCACACUGCGCGGCGCAUCCACAGCGACGCCCUCGCGGGCGUCAACGUGCAUGCGCUCUUCACGCAAGAGCUGCAGUUGCGCGAUGUGGCACUCCUGGUCUACUACUAUGUCGAGCUGGCGACCAACGGACCGCGUGAGCGUGUCGAGCCGUGCUGCGUCCCUGCCGCACAUGGCGAGCACAACAUCUUUGGUCGCCGCAGCAACGGUGCUGUCGGCGACGAUAAUGGCGUCGCGGCGAUUGGCAGCGUCAGCAACGCAAGCCGCAAGGAUGUUACUGGCUUCAGCCAUUUCAAUGCCGCAUCGACGGCGGUGCUUGCGCCACCGACGCAACUCCAGCCCCCUUCCGCCUUCUCCCGCCACCUUCCCCAGCGCUCCAGCAACCUCCUCUCUGCGACCACGGCCAUACACGUGCGUCGCGCCGGGCUACUGCAUCUCGUGCUGGAGCAGUGUGUGUCAAACGUUCUGAAUGACCUCGUCGGGGACACGGUGGGCUGGCUCGGGACAGCCUGCCUGCACGCAGCGCCGUCCGGUACCGCUUUAAAUGGCGCGCAGUAG